UGUCUACGAGCCGGAUAGAAACGUGCUGCGAAGGAAAGAAUGGGAAAGGAGAAACCAGGAGGCCCAGCAGGAGGAUGGUGCGUUUAACACGAGUUACUCCCUCUUCAGUGAACCAUACAAGACUAACAAGGGGGAUGAGCUCUCAAAUCGUAUCCAGAAUACACUGGGCAACUAUGAUGAAAUGAAAGACUUGUUAACUGACCGAUCAAACCAGAGCCACCUUGUUGGGGUUCCAAAACCUGGGGUUCCUCAGUCGUCUCUCCCCAAGCCUGAUGAACAUCAUAUUGCAGACUCCAGACCGCCACCUCCUCCUCCCAUUUCCAGCACUACUUCUUCCACACCAGCAGCUCUGCCUGCCCAGCAGAGCAAAAGCACCAUGAUGGGUUGGCAGAAGGCUGGCCACAAUGCCGCUUCAGAUGGCCAGCAGAGAGCGAGCAAGCAUGGGCACCGGUCACUGGAGUCACACAAAGGUGACUUCAAACUGGCAAACCAAAAAUCCAGUCUGGAGAAACUAAAACGCUAUGCAUCGAGUCCCACCUCCUCCUCCUCCUCCAACACUGCCCAGCAAAGUUCACUGAGGGCCACGCUAGGAGAAAACGUCAACAGAGUGCAGCAGCCGGCAAAGCUCAAUUGUAGCUCGGAAGGAGGAGCUCAAGCACAAGAGAGGCCAGCAAAGCACAGUGGUGGGCACUGCGUCCAAAACUUCCCACCCUCUCUUGCUUCGAAGCCCGGUCUGGUGCAGCAGAAACCCACAGCUUACGUAAGGCCAAUGGAUGGUCAAGACCAGGCUCCUGAUGAAUCUCCAAAGCUGAAGUUACCAGCAGAUACGACCAAGUCAUAUAGGGGAGUGCCUUCUAACAAGCCCGAUUCGGCUAGGACCAAGUCAAAGAUAGCCAAGUUCAACAUUCCUAAGCAAGAAGAG